CUGUAGUUGAAAGUGAGCGUUGACGCAGUUAUGGAAGUAAACCCUAUUCCUACUGAAAGGGAAACCAACUUUAUACAUUAUCAUUCUCUUCAUCCGCCGUUUUCUUUCCCUCUCUCUUUCUUUCUUUCCAAAUCCGAACUUUCCUCAAUCCUUCACUGCUUUUUCAACAUCUUUUUUGCUUUCUUAUUGAUUUGCUGCUAUGGGGAAGCCUACUGGGAAGAAGAAAACUCAAGUCAUAUCUGCAAAUGUCAAACAUGGCACUUCUAAAGCAUUUGAUGAAGAUACUGCUGUAUUCAUCACUAUGUCUCAAGAAUUGAAGGAAGAAGGGAACAAGCUUUUUCAGAAGCAUGAUCAUGAGGGGUCUAUGUUGAAGUAUGAGAAGGCUCUUAAUUUGCUUCCAUCUAAUCAUAUUGAUGUUGCUUAUUUGCAUACUAAUAUGGCUGCUUGUUAUAUGCAAAUUGGUCUUGGUGAUUACCCAAGAGCAAUAACUGAAUGUAACUUGGCACUUCAAGUUGCUCCGAAGUAUACUAAAGCUUUGUUGAAGAGAGCAAAGUGUUAUCAAUCAUUGAAUAGGCUUGAAUUGGCUUUAAGGGAUGUUAACCUUGUUUUGAGUAUUGAACCCAAUAAUUUGACUGCGCUUGAUAUUGCAGGGGCGUUGGAACAGAAAGGUGUAAAAAUUGAAGAAUUGGAAGUUGUUGUUGAGCCUCCGGUUUCUACUAAGGUUGUAAAAUCUAAAAAGAAGAGUAACAAAUUUGACAGAAGGAAGGUUGAGGAAAACAAGGUGGUUGUGGAGGAGAAAAGAAGUGUUAAGGAAGAAAAGAUAGUGACAAGAACAGUCAAAUUAGUAUUCGAGGAGGAUAUUAGAUGGGCACAGUUACCAGUGGAUUGCAGUAUUAGACUUGUGAGGGACAUUGUUCUCGAUCGAUUCCCAAACUUGAAGGGUGCAUUAAUCAAGUAUAGGGAUCAAGAAGGUGACUUGGUUACUAUAACCACCACUGAUGAGCUUAGGUUGGUUGAAUCAUCUGCUGCUUCUCAGACUUCUUUAAGACUCUACGUUGUACAAGUUACUCCAGAUAAAGAACCUGUAUAUGAGGGAAUGAGUGGUGAAGAGGAUAUGAAUUCCAGCAGUUACAAAUCAACUAUAGUCACAGAUGAUGGGCAUCUGGAGAAAGAAAGGCAACUGAAUAAAGGGACAACUUGUGUUGAAGACUGGAUCAUCCAAUUUGCACGGCUGUUCAAAAAUCAUGUUGGCUUUGAUUGCGACCCAUAUCUGGAUCUUUAUGAGAUAGGUAUGAAACUCUACUGUGAAACUAUGGAGGACACUGUUACAGGUGAAGAAGCACAAGAGCUUUUUGGCAUUGCUGCAGCUAAGUUCCAAGAGAUGGCAGCUUUGUCUUUGUUUAAUUGGGGAAAUGUUCAUAUGUCCAGAGCAAGGAAGCGUGUAUACUUUACUGAAGAUGGCUCUCGGGAGUCUCUGUUGAAACAGGUUAAAUCUGCAUAUGACUGGGCUGAAAAAGAAUAUGAAAUGGCAGGAAGUAGGUAUGGAGAGGCUCUUAGGCUCAAGCCUGAUUUCUAUGAAGGCCUUCUUGCACUUGGUCAGCAGCAGUUUGAACACGCAAAACUCUCCUGGUACUAUUUGAUUGGAAGCAAAGUUGAGUUAGAGACGGGGACUUGUGCAGAGAUCUUGGAGCUGUAUAACAAGGCUGAGGAUAGCAUGGAAAGAGGAACAGAAAUGUGGGAGGAGAUGGAAGAACAACGUCUUAAUGGACUCUCCAAAAAUGAUGAAUAUAAAGCUCUAUUGCAGAAAAUGGGAUUGGAUGGUCUACUUAAAGAUAAACCAGCCGAAGAAUCUGAGGAGCAAGCUGCAAACAUGAGAUCUCAGAUUUACCUCUUAUGGGGUACCAUGCUCUACGAACGUUCCGUGGUGGAAUUUAAGCUGGGACUACCAACUUGGGAAGAAUGUUUGGAGGUUGCAAUGGAAAAGUUUGAGCUAGCUGGAGCAUCUCAAAUUGAUAUUGCGGUUAUGAUAAAGAACCACUGUUCCAAUGAAACUGCUCUUGAAGGUUUUAAGGUCGAUGAGAUAGUGCAGGCAUGGAAAGAGAUGUAUGAUACUAAUAGGUGGCAGACUGGGGUGCCAGCUUUCAGGCUAGAACCAUUAUUCCGUCGCCGUGUUUCAAAUCUCCACACUGUAUUGGAAAAUCUUUGAGUUACAAUAUCUGUGAUUGAUCAUUACAUGGGAGCAAAGGAUAUCUGUCAUUACCUCUCAAUUUUGUGUGGCUGUAUGUUGCCAAGUCAAUGGGUUUGUUUUUUGGUUGAUUUUUUGUUCAUGAUCAGAUUUUUGCUUUAGGAGCAAAGAGCUGAGUGUGUUGGAUUUUGAAGAGAUUGGUUUGUGAAGGUUUUUUUGUAUUACUCAUUUGUUUUUGUGGUUUUGGUUAUUCUUCAUCACAAAGUAGGGUCUUUGUGAUUUGCAUUCAUUUUUUUUACACAAGCUCAAGAUAAGAGUAAAUCAGCAUUGAAUUUGUAAGAUUGGUGUU